UCAAUUUGUCCUCGCUACGCCGCCUUGAAAAAAAAAUCCGAUAACACGUGAACGCACCAUUAUCCCAGACAUCAUCCAGAAAGUGGAAGGAGCCGUCAUGUUUUUACACACGUUUGUUUUAAACCAUGGCUAAACAAUACGAUAUAUUGUUCAGACUGCUGCUUCUCGGAGACUCCGGGGUCGGGAAGACCUGCAUGCUGCGGAGGUUUGCCGAAGGAGAAUUCGAUCCUUCACACAUUUCAACCAUCGGAGUUGAUUUCAAGAUGAAAACCUUAGAGAUAGAUGGCAUCAGGGUGCGGGUGCAGAUCUGGGAUACAGCGGGUCAGGAGCGCUAUCAGACCAUUACCAAACAGUAUUACAGGCGGGCACAGGGGAUCAUAUUUGUGUACGACAUCACGGACGAGCCAUCCUUUCAGCACAUAGGGAAAUGGGCCAGCGAUGUGGAUGAAUACGCUCCUGAUAAGGUGCAGACGAUCCUGGUUGGAAACAAAGCAGAUAAUGAGCCCAAGAGACGGGUAACGAAGGCUCAAGGAAGCAAGCUCGCUGAGGCUUAUGGGAUGGAGUUCUUUGAGACGAGUGCAUCCACAAGCAGAAACAUCAAGGAGUCAUUCACACGUGUGACAGAACUGGUGUUACAAGCUUACAAGAACGAUGUGGAUCAUUUGUUGGGGUCGCUGGAUGACUAUCUGGACAGAGCUGCUCUGCAAGACGAGAAAGAUAGUCAAGAUGCUUCGAGGACCUGCGCCUGUUGAAACUAAAGAGCGGUCAGCCUGGUGUAAACCUCCCAUAUUUGCCUUUUUUAUGAAGACCUGUCCCAUAGGAGGAUUCAGAAGUGCUUUCAUUUCCUGGAAUGAUUUUAAAUCCAGUUAGCAACACCUGCCAGCAGAGGGCGACAUUUUCAAUCAGCACAACUGAAUUUUGCACUUAGAAUUUUGCACAUAUUCACUUUUUUUUUUCUUAAAAUGCAUAUUUGCAACACAUAUCCACAACAACACAUGAUUUUCUCUAUGGUUAUUUUCUCUUUUCAUGAUUUAAAGAUUAUCCUUAUUUCAUUAAAGGGUGCAUCAGUGUGACAGUGAGAGAUGACAACAGCUUCGCCGUUGGCUGGGUUGAAUUAUUUAGACCCGGAAACUUAAACCAAACAUGGGGGAAUUUAAUUUAUUUACAUGCUCACCUAAAGUGCCAUGCCGAGUGAUCUUCAUGCAUACAGUAACCUCAUUGUCGCUGUUUGCUGUGUUAAAAGUGUGCUGCUUUUAGAAAUAUAAUGUGUUUAGGAUUUUCUCAGGUUUCCCAGAUGAUUUAUUAGUGAAAUUUAAGCAAAAGAUAAAUAAUUUACAAGCAAAUAAGUCAGUCAUUAUAUUAGGAUCUAGGGUGUAGGGUGAGGUAUUAUGUGCUUCAUUCAAUAGAAUUAUUUAUUUUUCAUCCCGUACUGUGACACACAGGUGAUCACUUACAUUUUUUAUGUUGGGAAAGCUGAUACAUGUCAUAGAGAUGCCUGAAUGACAACUUCUGUUUUUUUUUUAUAUAUAUUUAUUAUAAAUGAAUUUAAUAAAGACUGUACUCAUAGUGGUUUUUAAAUUAAUGGAAGAUGCAAAUUGAUGAUGAAAAAAGGCUCAUGGAGAAAUAAAACAUGGGCUUGGCUGGUGGUA